CUUUAAAUGUUUUUGUGUGCACUUUCAGCUUUGGCGUUUUGCAAAAUUACACAUCUGAUAUUCUGAAUAUACAGAUACAGAUAAAUUACAAUCCGAUCCGUUCUUUCUGCAGUGUUUACUACUUUGCUAUGUCGUUUAAAUGCGUUCAUCUCCAUCUUUCCGACAGCACUUGAAGGCAGCAGCAGGAGCUCAUCUGUUGGGCAGGAAAACUAAUCAGGAGCCAACUAAAGACUUUUCAGUACUGCUAGCUACUCGGCUAGCAAGCUUUUAAAGUCAGCUUUCCGUACGACUAAUUAAUACAGACUCUGUUUUUUUAAGUACAGUCUGUCUUCUGUAGAGUACACAAUAUUCAAGCUAUGUUUUAGGAACACCGUUUCUUUGCGCUGAAAGUAGUAAGGCGGACAGCCUCUGGCCAGCUGAAGCUUGCGGCUAGCUUAUUCGUUAGCUGGGAAAGACGUUCAAGUGGAGGCAAGAAAAUGGAGCUGGACGACGUAGUCCUGUAUCAGGACGACUCGGGCAACUCUGCCAUGAUGUCCGAGCGGGUCUCAGGUCUGGCCAGUUCAAUAUACCGCGAGUUUGAACGGCUAAUCCAAAUAUACGACGAGGACGUAGUAAAAGAGUUGAUGCCGCUGGUCGUCGCCGUACUAGAGAACUUGGACUCGGUGUUCGCUGUCAACCAGGAGCACGAAGUGGAGCUGGAGCUGUUGAAGGAAGACAACGAGCAACUCGUCACCCAGUACGAAAGAGAGAAGGCACUGAGAAAACACACAGAGGAGAGGUACAUCGCCUUAGAAGACUCCCAGGACGGCGAGAAGAAGGAUCUCCAGUGUCGGGUUGUGAUGUUGGAGUCACACACGCGUCAGCUAGAGCUAAAAACUAGAAACUAUGCAGAUCAGAUUGGCAGAUUUGAGGAGAGAGAAGCAGAGCUCAAGAAGGAGUAUCAUACUCUUCAUCAGAGACACACAGAGAUGAUCCACAGCUACAUGGAGCACCUGGAGCGAACUAAACACCAACAUGCGGUCACAGCAGCAGAUUCCUCAGAUACAGGCACAUCAGCCAGAACACGAAAGGAGCGUCCUAUCUCCAUGGGCAUAUUCCAACUUCCUGGGACUGAUGGUAUGACCCCUGACCUCCAGAGGGAAUCUGUGGACACCCCUUCAGAGCCAUGGAGAUACAACAUUAGCCAUCCGCGGUCCAACACCAGCCUCAAGUUUGAGGGACAGUUCUCCUCAAGCAAAGUGGAAGGUGAAAGAUCGCAGGAGAAUUUGCCCAAUCAGAAGGCUGAUCAGGACCAGGAUGAAUUGGCUGGUUCAAACCGUGGGGGCUCCAAGUCCAGUACUCCAAACAACCGGGGAAGUGUCUCCAAAAGUGGAACUCCUGUAUCUUUACAAGCUGGAGGUUCCAAAUCCGACACCCCCAUGUCCUCUCAGGGUGGUUCCUUUAAAUCAAACACCCCCACAUCUACAGACAGUGCUAACUCUCAGUCCACCACACCACUAUCUCCUCAUGAUAGAUUGUCCACCGGAAUAAGGUCUGCCUCUGUCACACCUGCGUCUAUUGCUGCUUUGGAUAUUGCCAUGGAGUCUGUGGACCAGGAAGUUUCAGAUGGGCUCAAGAACCUAGACGGGAACCUUGGAAAACCAAAGAGCAGUAAGGACAUUGCAGCUGUGAAAGGACAGCAGGGUGAGCUUGGAUAUGAUGGUCAGGACUCUGCCACUACACCCCUCAAAGGUGAUGAUGGAGCACACAACCAGGAGAGCUCUGAGGUGCAGGCCAUCAUAGAGUCCACUCCCGAGCUGGACAUGCACCACGAUGGCUGCUUAGGAACAAGCACACCAGCUAAAGGUGGCAUAGAGAAUCUAGCGUUUGACCGCAACACUGAUUCUCUGUUUGAGGAGCUGUCGUCUGCAGGGAACGACCUGAUAGGAGACAUGGAUGAAGGAGCCGACAUGCUGGGCAUGGGUCGGGAAGUUGAACAUCUCAUCCAAGAGAACGCCCAGCUGCUGGAGACCAAAAAUGCUUUGAACGUGGUGAAAAAUGACCUGAUAGCGCAAAUGGAUGAACUGACUUGUGAGAAGGAGGGUCUGCAAGGCGAGCUAAAGGCUGUCACUCAGGCCAAGACCAAACUGGAGGACAAGAACAAAGAAUUGGAAGAUGAACUCAAGAAGAUUCGAGCAGAGCUCGAGGCCUCCAAAAACAAGGUCAAGAAUGACAACAACGAGGAUGAUAGCGAUGUGCCUACAGCCCAGAGGAAGCGCUUCACCAGGGUGGAGAUGGCCAGAGUCCUGAUGGAGAGAAACCAGUAUAAGGAGAGGCUAAUGGAGCUGCAGGAGGCUGUCAGAUGGACGGAGAUGAUCCGGGCAUCAAAGGAGAACCCAGCUCUUCCAGAGAAGAAGAAAUCCAGCCUCUGGCAGUUUUUCAGCCGUUUGUUCAGCUCGUCGGGCGGGGCAGCCAAGAAGCCGACAACGGAUGCCCCAGUGAACGUCAAGUACAAUGCGCCCACCUCUCAGAUUCAGCCGUCCGUCAAGAAGCGGAGCACCACACUGCAGCAGCUGCCCAGUGACAAGAGCAAAGCCUUUGAUUUCCUCAAUGAGGAAGUGGCAGCUGAUAAUGUGGUAUCCAGGCGGGAGCAGAAGAGGGCUCAGUACCAGCAGGUCAAAGCCCACGUCCAGAAGGAGGACGACAGAGUGCAGGCUUGCGGCUGGAGUCUGCCUAAGAAAUACAAAGCCAAUGGUGGCCAGACAGAGAGUAAGGUGAAGAAUCUACCUGUUCCUGUCUUCCUCAGACCGCUGGAUGAAAAAGAUGCUUCUAUGAAGCUGUGGUGUGCUGCUGGUGUGAACCUCUCUGGAGGUAAAACCAGAGACGGAGGUUCGAUCGUAGGAGCCAGCGUGUUUUACAGCGACGUCCCCGGACCAGAGAGCCCUAAAAAGAAAAUAGGAUCUCAGAGCAGCCUGGAUAAACUGGAUCAAGACCUCAAGGAGCAGCAGAAGGAGCUGCGGCAGCAGGAUGAGUUGUCGUCGCUGGUUUGGAUCUGUACCAGCACCCAGUCCACCACCAAAGCUGUUGUCAUUGACGCCAACCAGGCUGGAAACAUCCUGGAGAGCUUCUUUGUGUGUAACUGCCACGUCCUCUGCAUUGCCAGUGUUCCAGGUGCAAGAGAGACCGACUACCCAGCUGGUGAGGAAGUAGCUCCUAACUCUGAGGCAGGACCAGCAGGGGAUGGAGGAUCACAAUCAACCGACAGCUACUCAGCAGGCGGCGACGACGUGCUCGGAGGCAUCACUGUUGUUGGCUGUGAAGCUGAGGGAGCGGAAGCUGUUCCUCAGACAGCAGCCAGGCCAGGAGAAGACGGAGACAGUGAAUCCAGACCAGCAGAGGAAGCCACGGAGGCGACAGAGGCCAGCGCAGGGCCUGCCGACAAAAGAGAGAGCCUGAGGGGAGUCUACACUGAACACGUCUUCACUGAUCCACUGGGAGCUCAGCAGAGCGCAGAGGCUCCGGCUAACUACUCUCAGAGGGAGAGUGAUCUGUUGAAAGAUGGCGUGAGUUCAAACCCCAAUGCCGAGGAGCAGGACCUGAUGAGAGAAGAGGCUCAGAAAAUGAGCAGUGUUCUGCCUACUAUGUGGCUGGGGGCACAGAACGGAUGUGUGUACGUCCACUCCUCUGUGGCUCAGUGGAAGAAGUGUCUCCAUUCUAUAAAGCUGAAGGACUCUGUGCUCGGCAUAGUGCAUGUGAAAGGGCGUGUACUGGUGGGUCUCUCCGAUGGCACUUUAGCCAUUUUCCACAGAGGAGUGGAUGGACAAUGGGAUCUGACCAACUACCAUCUGUUAGACCUAGGGAGACCACACUACUCCAUCCGCUGCAUGACUGUAGUUCAUGACAAGGUGUGGUGUGGCUACAGGAACAAGAUCUAUGUGGUGCAGCCCAAAGCCAUGAAGAUAGAGAAGUCAUUUGACGCCCACCCUCGCAAGGAGAGCCAGGUACGUCAGCUGGCCUGGGAUGGCGAUGGCAUCUGGGUGUCCAUCAGACUGGACUCCACUCUCAGGCUGUACCACGCUCACACCUUCCAGCACCUUCAGGACGUCGACAUCGAGCCCUACGUCAGCAAGAUGCUGGGUACGGGGAAACUAGGUUUCUCAUUUGUGAGGAUCACAGCUCUCAUGGUGUCAUGUAAUCGCCUGUGGAUUGGCACUGGAAAUGGAGUCAUCAUCUCCAUCCCUCUGACAGAUACAGCCAACAGGGAAACCAAUGCAGCAGUUAACCAACCUGGAAGUGCAGUUCGUGUCUAUGGCGACGACAGCAGUGACAAAGUGACAGCUGGGACAUUUGUUCCGUACUGCUCCAUGGCUCACGCUCAGCUCUGUUUCCAUGGUCACAGAGAUGCUGUCAAGUUCUUCACCGCUGUCCCAGGUCACGCCGUUCCAUCUACGUCCUGCGGAGCGGAGGCAGCAGGUGACAAGACGACAGAUGCCGCAACUCAGGAAGGAACCAAGUCCAUGUUGGUGAUGAGUGGAGGCGAAGGCUACAUCGACUUUAGGAUGGGUGAUGAGGAUGGCGUGGAGGACGAGGACCCCCUACUGAAACUGCAGCCCUUGCUGGCUAAAGCCGAGCGCAGCCACCUCAUCGUCUGGCAGGUCCUCGCCAGCGAGGACUAAGCUCUGACCCGGGUCCCCUCAGGCCUGAUUUGCCUUUUCUCUCAAACCCGCUGCCAUGGAGGAGGAGUUCAGGUGGCCGACUCCCCUCUACAGGCACGAGUUUAAUCAGCACUUAUUUCUUCUUCAAACCAGAACAAUAACAGUGAAACAAGCAGAAACUCAGUGGUAAACUGGACAGGAGCAGUGUAAACAGAUUUAAGCAAUCUGCAUGUUGUUGUCUCUUAUUUGUUCCUUUUUAAAACCUAUUUAAUGAAUUUGAAUUUCAAUAUGUCAUGUUUUCUUAUAUUAUUUGAGGUAAAGCAGUUAUUGGAUACAGAACUUUUUGUUACAUUUGCUCAGCAGAUGAAAUGAAUUUUUCCUCCUGACAUUGCCAGCUUCUCUUAACUCAGUUCAGUUGUUGCGCGCUCAUUCUGGACUCGACUCGAUGCUAAAUCAGUUGGUCAA